UGCUAAUGUUGGAUGAUCAAGAUUCCAGGCACCCAGUGAAGUCAAUCAUCAACACACAUCACCACAUGAUUUGACAGUUGUAUUUAUAAAUAUUUCAUUAUGCUUGUUCACAUUCCAUUAAUUCCAUCACUAUCCUAAUUAUUCCAAUUCUCCCCAGAAAAACAUGAUUUAGAUUAAGCCAGGUUUUUGCUUAGUUUUGGAAGGAGAUCAGAAAGUUAAUAUAGAGCAGAAAAAAUGACAAGCAACACGAAAGGGUGGAUCCCAACAGUACUAAUGGUAGUGUAUCACGUGAUAUACGCGUGGAUGACCAUUUUCCUGAAAUUAGCAGCCCAUGAUGGAAUGGAUCUCAGAGUUGCUGUUACUUAUCGCUUUGUUUUUGGUGCUGUUUCCAUGGUUCCCAUUGCUUUUUUCUUCGAAAGGAAAACUAGACCAAAAUUAACGUGGAAAGUUCUCUUCUUUGCGUUUUUCUGUGGAUUAUUGGGAGGUGCAUUGGGACAAAAUCUAUUCCUAGAAAGCUUGGCACUUACUUCGGCCACAUUCGCCUCAGCUAUGCUCAACCUAAUGCCCGCUACGACAUUUUUGAUAGCUGUAUGCACGAGAUUGGAGAGUGUAGGUUGGCACACACGAGCAGGUAAAGCAAAGGUGUUUGGAACAAUCAUAGGGAUUGGAGGAGCAAUGUUGUUCACAUUCUAUAAAGGUCCAAAUAUUACUGUUUGGAAAACCAAUGUAAACCUUCUCAACAUCUUGCCUAGUCAUCAUCAGACAUCACCUAAAACACAACAUAGUAACCAAGCACUUGGUACUAUCUUAGCCUUCUUGUGUUGUGCUUCUGUCUCUCUCUGGUUCAUUAUUCAGGCUAAGGCCGCUCAAUACUAUCCUUGUCCAUUAUCUUUCACUGCCCUAAUGAUUGUGAUGGCAUUGGUUCUGAAUUUGAUUGCGACAAGCUGCUUACAACGUGAUUGGAACGAAUGGAAGCUGGGUUGGAAUAUCCGACUUGUUGCGGUAGCUUUUUCGGGAAUUGUUGGCACCACUUUUAUGUAUUGCUUAUUAACUAUAGUUAUACCAAUGAGGGGUCCGCUAUUCGUAUCAGCUUUCAACCCUUUGAUAGUUGUUAUUGUGGCCAUCGUCGGAUCACUUAUACUUGAGGAGGAUUUAUACUUGGGAAGCUUGCUUGGAGGUUUGCUUAUAAUAUGUGGAUUAUACAUCAUAUGUUGGGGAAAAAGCAAAGAGAUCAAGAUGAUGGCUAAUUCCAUUGUGCCAAAUGAGCAACCGGAGAGUUCAAUAUCAAGCCACGAGAGAGAUAAAGAGGGAGAUGUAUAGUAAGGAGUUAGUGUUGCAAUUAGUAUGACUUAAGAUUCGAGAAUAUAUAGAAUCUACAACUUACGCGAGCUCUUUUUAUGUAUUUAUGUAUGUAGCUCCAUUCAAUUUAAAUUAAAAGCACCGGUUGCUAGUGUUAUGUGAUCAAUUCAGGUGAGAAGGUUAUGUGAGAUGAUUAUGGAUUUAGGUCGGAAGGUAUUCCGAUCCUUAUUAUAAAAUAUUUUGAU